CGUAACUCACGUCUAAACAACUGACGAGGCCGUUGCAGCGGAAGUUUUCCCUUGGUCAUUACGGAUCACGUAUACACUCUGUGAGUGACGGGAAGACUCAAAAUGCACUCAGAUUUUGAAAGAAAACGACGAUGUUGUUUGAGCAUGCGCUAAGUUAAAGCGAAACCUUCUGGCUUGCUCGAUCUAAGACAGCGUUGCUCAAAAGCUAUUCCUGAUGCUGUUUAUCAAACUCAAGGAAAUUUUAAGGAGAAUCCAUUUUCUUUACUGCAUAUUUACUCUGUUUCUACUGGCAGAGGGAAGGACGCAUUUCACAAAUGUGAAAGUUGGAAUUUUUUUGGAUCGUAUCUCACCAAGCGAGACGUUGUUUGGAAAGCAGGACCUCGCUGACUAUCACCGGAACACCACUUUGACAAAAAUCUUCCUCCAAAACCAAACGAUUCUGCUAAACGGGCUGUCGUUUGAGGACAUUUCGAGAAGAUUUUGCGUCGAUAUUGUACAAAACAACAUCUCUGUGAUUGUGUUGCAAACGCGAAGCCCGGAGCUCACGCAGUUUGUGGGAAAUUUGGCUUCGUAUUUUAAAAUACCAGUCAUAGAAAGUUUUGGUCGAGAACCCCUGCUGUCCGAUAAGGAAUACUUUAGCACACUUGUUCGUAGCGUUCCAUCCGAGGUCCUGCAGUUUACAGUAUUCCUCGAUUUCCUUAAAUUUUCUCGGAAGAGACAAGCGUAUGUUAUAGUCAGCGAUGACAUGUCGCACGGGCUGGCCCUUCAACAUUACCACGACAACGAAUUUGCAGAUAUAACUAUCAUCAACCUUGGAUCGCCUAAUAUCCAGGAAGGAGAAAUAAUGAAGCAUUUAUUAAAGAUAAAAUCCAGCACAGCUCAUGCAGUUUACCUCUACUGCGACUCAAAGCUAGCACACGUUAUUCUUUGGAUCGCAAAAGAUUUUCGUCUCAUCAACGAUGAAAUGUUAUGGAUAAUCUCUGAAAGGUCACUUGAAAAUAUACAAGGUUUUUAUACUUUACCAAGUUUUAUUUACGUUAUAAGAUCCCGUAGAUAUUCUCAAAGCGUACAAAAGUUCGACAGAACACUACUAAAUCACAGCUUGUCAGUUAUUCAGAGUACGUUUGAAUCAAUGAAUGAAACAGAAGUACAUCAAUAUUUGAGGACGGCUUCAGCCGGUGAUUGUUACAACUCUUCAGCGUGGGAAAAAGGCAUGGAAUUGCACAGAUUACUCGAGGCGAGUUUUAACUCACACGACUCAAACAAGAUGGGACACAAAACUAACAAUGCACAUCCUUCUUACGAAAUUCUUUAUCUACAAACACCUUAUGAGCAGGACAAAGGCUGGGUGCAAAUAGGAAUAUGGACAAGCAAAGGAUUAACACUGCAACUGAAAGAAUCAAAUCAGGAAACGGAUAAAACUAUCGGAGAAAUUCCUCGGCUUCUAGCUGCAGUAGUGGAAUAUCCUCCUUUAACCAUGAAAGCCGACUUCGACGAGAGCGAAGGAUGCUAUCAAGGGCUAGAGUGCAAAAAGUACAACGGAGAUUCCCAAAAUUUUACCAGGUAUUGCUGUUAUGGACUCGCAAUCGAUGUGCUCCGCUAUGUCAAGACACAACUCCAGUUUGAACCACUGAUAUAUUUUGUUCGCGAUGGAAACUACGGUGCCAAAAACUCCUCGGCGGGCACGUGGAAUGGUAUUGUACGGGACAUCUUGGAAGAAGAAGCAGACAUCGCCAUCGAUCUCAUGACCAACGAAGCACGUUCGGAGGUAAUCGAUUUCUCUUUGCGCUGGACGCACGCAGGUCUCGCUUUGCUCGUGCUCGUGGGAGAGCAAGAGGUCGAAAAACUCGACUUCUCGUUCUUUCGACCGUUUACGAUUUAUUUAUGGAUGGGUAUGAUAGGAGUGGUGAAUUUCUAUCUGGGUCUCCUGUGGUUUACAGACCGUUUGAGCCCUUACGGCCAUCGCAAGUCAUUCCGAGCCAAAAACCACAAUGGAUUUGACCUCAGUGAGAGCAUGUGGUACUGCUGGGGAGUUUGUUUUGAUAACCAGUUUGUGGACUCUAGGCCGCGCAGUUUGAGUGCGCGAGCCAUGGCGGUGUUCCUGGCGAUUUUUGCGCUGAUGUGCGUGACUUCAUACACGGCUAACCUGACAGCUCAUCUAUUAUCUGAUGACACCAAGCCGGAGGUCACCGGCAUCCGGGAUCCAAAGAUCACAGAUCCAGAUUCGAAGAUUACAUACGGGGUCGUGAAGUCCAGCUACGUGGAUUCUUACUUUGAACUAAACGAAGAUCCUAUAAUGCAGUCCAUGUUCAUGCGCAUGCGUGAUAAGAAACACUUGGUAAAUAACUUCACGGACGGAGUGGUACGAGUUCGGAACAGGAAAUUGGACAUUUUCAUCAGUGAGGUUUUGUCGCUUGACUACGAAGUAGCAAAACAGAAAUCUCUGUCAUACCCUCGAUUACAAGUGGUUGGAGCAGCUAAGCCUUUCGCUGAGAGUGGAUAUUCUUACGCGUUUAAGAAAAACUCCCCAUGGAAACCGAAAUUUGACUUGGUCAUCAACAGGAUGAAAGCCGAAAACAUGCCGAGCGAACUCUACAAGAAGUGGGUUUCUUCAGGCGAGGACAGAAGCGAAGAACAUCACCAAAGACUUAACGUUCACUCGUUAAGCGGUGUUUUCUUUCUUGGUGCUUCCCUGGCGCUGGUCGCCAUUCUUUUUCUUUCCCUCGAGAACAGACUCUUCGCAGCGGGCUUCAUAUACCAAGACAUGAAGGGUGAAAAUUUCCACGAAAAAACAGGAACGCGAAAGCACUCGGCCGCCGUUAAGAGGAAGUUACUGGACCCCAAUAAAAACAAGGCCGCGGCAGAAUUCCCGGAUAUAUCAGACUACCUCCAUAAUAAGAGAAGAAGUAACUUACUGCUAAAAACUUUCUAUAAUCCUAAAUCUACGAAAAGAAAAUACGAAGAGGCAGAGGAAAAUGGUACCGCCACCAGUUCUGUUUAGCAGCUGAGAGAACUAGUUAUUAAAUUAGUAAAAUUUGUGUAUCA